CAAGUGCAAUGGCCAGUUUAGCAUCGCAUGGGAUCGUCCAGGUCAUCGCGGACGUCGCUUCUAGGUCUCGGAAAGCACGGCCGCCUCCCGUCGCCGAGCUGUCCAGCGUUGACGCCGUCGCAAGUCCGAGCGCUGAAAGAGACUGCCGUCAAGACGUGCACGGAGCUGCUCUCGCUCUCCAAGCUCGCCAAGCGCAACAAGUACGGGAUCACGUGGCGCCCGCUGCCGUUUGCGACAGAUCCAGGCCUCGCGUUCUUUGUCGGCGAGUCGGCGGCGACCUCGGACGUCCAAUACAUGUGCUGUGCCACGACCGUUCAUGCAACGCUGGACGAAGUCGCAGAGCUCCUUAGCGGCGACGAGCAGUCGGCGAUGGGCGAGGAAGCAUACGCGCAGCUCGAGCAGAAUACGGUCGUCUCCAAGAAUCUGCGCACGCUCAAGCACGUCGACCGGCUCCAGAUAUCGCUGCGCUGGUUGGUUUGGGACUCGACGUCGGCGUACGUGCCACGACGCGACUUUGUCGUGCUGCAGUAUCAAAACGACGUCCACUUCCACGGCCGCAACGGCUGGGCACAAAGCAUGCACUCGGUGGAGCUCCCAGAGUUUCCAGCGUACCACACGUCGCAUAGCCUCGUGCGUGGCAGUCUGUACCGCUCCGGCUACGUCGUGCUCGAGACGGCAACACCGGGCGUCGUCCAGGUGCUGCACAUGGUCCAAGUGCAUUUCAAAGGCCUUGUGCCGAGCGAAGACGUCGAGUCGAUGCUGCGAGCGCGGGUCGGGAACAUCGCCCACCUCAGUGCGUUCUUUGCCAAGCUCACGCUCGUCGCACGCAUCGUGAGCAACAUGGAGACGUCGCGCGCGAGCAACCUCGAGAAGGUCAAGGUCUGCGCCAUGUGCAGCCGCAAAUUCAGCUUUGUCCACCGCAAAGUCACGUGCCGGCUCUGCCGCGACAUUGUCUGCACUGAGUGUUCGCAGGCCAAGGACAUGCAGAUUCCAAUUGCAGGCCUCAAGCGCGUCGAUGUGUGCAACGUCUGCAACCUCCAGAAAGACCGCCGCAGCGACGAGCACCCGUUGCGUCUGGCCAAUCGCCGGAGCUUCCUGCGCCAAACCGAUACGCACCACCGUGGCAGCCACCGGCAGUCGUCGCGCCAGCAUGAGACGUCCACGGACGAAGACCUCGACCCGUACAUGCAGAUCAUGCGCGGCAAGCAGCCACAGCGCCUGAGCGUUGACGCUGGCCGAGAGCCGCUCUACUCGUUCCUUGAAGACAGCGGCGCAAGCGGCACCGGGAAGCGGUACGCUGCGAUCUCGCCUGUCGUCUCCAACGAUUCAGCAGUCGUCGGCCCCGCGUGGGAUGUGGCCGCGCCGUCCGAGUCGUCAUUUCAGAGCCGGGCUUCCGCUGCAAGUGUGUCGGCCGAUGAUUUUUGGACCAAGCCCAAGCACACGCUGUAG